AUGGAAACAGUACGACCUUGCGGUUGUAAAGGAAUAAGAUCUUGCCUUCUCUGUGAGACUGAAUAUAAGAUUGUAAAAGUUAAUCUCAAGACCCGUUUUGAGAAAUGUUCCAGUUACGUAUAUUGUCCAAACUGUGACAAAGCAUGGCCUGGUUCAGAUAUUAAUCUCUAUAAAAAUCAUCCAAAUCACCAAGGCAUUAGUAUAGAAUUUCCUGGUGUUUAUAUAAAGAAUUUUGGGCCAAAAUGUAACUUUAAGAAGAAGAAACUUCAGCUGGGUGCCUUUAGUGGUUUUCCAAAGUCUACUCAGUUUGUACAACAAAAAUUUUCGGAGAUACCCGUACUUAAUAAUUUCCAAACAGUAGAGCAAUGUACUUUGGAGUACGAUCCACUACGAGGAGCUUCCAUAGAUCCGCAUAUUGAUGACUGCUGGAUUUGGGGUGAAAGAAUAGUUACUGUUAACGUCAUGGGUAAUUCAGUUUUAACAAUGAGCCCAUAUCAUGGUCCAUAUGCAAAAUACAAUUUAGAAAGCGUUACGGAGUAUUCCACAAUACUUGAAGAUUUCAAAUUUGAUACAGACAACAAAAAUGAAAAAAAUGAAGAUGUCAUUGUGAGACUACCAAUGCCUGAAGGAUCCCUUAUGGUUCUUUAUAGUAGCGCAAGGUAUAAAUGGGAGCAUUGCGUUUUAAGAGAAGAUAUAAUUUCUAGACGAAUUUGUUUAGCUUAUCGCGAAUUAACUCCUCCAUAUUUAUAUAGCUCAGCAAAUAAUCAAAUAAUUGAAGAACUUCUAAAGAGAGCUUCAGUCUUUCAAUGAAAUGUGACUGAACUUUGAAAACAAUUUAUUCCAGUAAAGUAUGUAAUGUUAAGUUUGUACGAUGUAUUUGUACAUUUAAUUAUAUAGUACGGAAAUAUAUUAAAUCUUUAUGUAUAUAUAUUAUCUACAACUAUGUUUUUAUACAAUCACAAUAUAAGUGAAAUUAGAAUUCUUAGUAUUAGGAAUUUAUGUAAAAAAUUAAAAAUUUCCAAAGAACUUGGGAAAAGAGAGAAGAAAUAAUAAUUUGGAAUAAUACAUAAAAAUAAAUCUCAGUUACAAAAGAAAAUGAAGAAAGGAGUACAAAAAGUGACCUUUUUUUACAAAAUAAAGACUUUUAUAAUAGAAAACUUCAAAAAUUUGAAAGAUAUUUUAACAUAAAUAAAACUAUUUCAUUGAGAAUGAAAAAAAAGUUUUAAGAAUUCUUCAGAGGUUCAGAGGACAUGUAAACAACAGGAAAGGUGGUAAAAGGAUCUGAUUUUCCCAAUGGUUGAUAACCAUUAACUAAACUCUCUCUUAAUUCCCAUCUACGUCUCUCUCUUUCUGUUUUUUGUCUUCUGAUUGCUCGGCCUAACAUGCAGGCGAACAUUAUUCCAGUUAACUAAAAAAUAAAAAAUAAACAAUUCAAUUUACCAAAAUAUAUGAAGUGCUUGAUUAAAAUUAAAAAGUUACUUUUUUAUUUAUUUACGUUAACUUAUUUACAAUAUCAAACUAUAAUAAAAAUUAUCUUAAAUUACAGCAAUUAGAUAG